AUGAUAAAGAUGUGCGUUACUGACUGGGACCUUUCGCACCAGCCCAAAAAGCUCCAGAACCUUACACCAUACAGUGCCAUUGUCGUAAGAAAGAGAUCUGGCGAAAAUGUAGGUCUGCCUACCGUACAGCGCGUGCAAGGCCUGCAACAAAGUCUGCAACUGGAUCUGGAGGCUCAUCGUCGCUGGAAUUCGAGCCUAUCGCUAGGAUUCGUCCAUAGCGUCGACCACGUUGAUAUCAAUGAAGCACGCACUGGCAUAAAUCACGAGGUGUACUACGCGCUUGAGGUGUAUCUGAGUCUGCCAACUUCACGAUUGCCCACGAGCCCAUGCAAUCCAGUCGAUGCAUCAUCUUCGCAGUAUCAAGGUACUCACCCGACCUUUAAAGUAGAGCGAUGCUUUGCUGACUUUGAGGAACUGCGUGAAAACGUGCUAAAAUUUGUAAGCAGGAUACCGCAGUGCACAUGUCGGUACUGCCGAGACUUUCUCUAUUACAUUCGCUUCAAGUACAGCCAGCCUCGUGGUAUUGCAAAGCUGACAUCUGGAACCAAAAAACGCAAACAAAUUCUCCAGACAUUUAUCAACGAGUUCAUGAUCAUGGGUCAGCGUCGGGCGCCGACAUUUAGCAAUUGCAAAUGCGAAGCACAGAACCGCGUGCCUGCUAUGUUAACAUCAUUUUUGCUGAACAAUGCAAGAGACUACUAG